AUGGCGGCGGAGCAGGAGGCCCUGAAGGGCGGCGGCGGCGGCGGCAGCGGCCGCAACCGGGGAGGCGUCCAGCGCGUCGAGGGGAAACUCCGCGCCAGCGUGGAGAAGGGAGACUACUACGAGGCGCACCAGAUGUACCGGACUCUGUUCUUCAGGUACAUGUCCCAGGGCAAACACGCGGAAGCCAGAGAGCUUAUGUAUUCAGGUGCCGUGCUCUUUUUCAGUCAUAAUCAGCAAAACAGCGCUGCUGAUCUCUCCAUGCUUGUUCUGGAGUCCUUGGAGAAAUCAGAUGCAAAAGUGACCGAUGAGCUACUAGAAAACCUGGCAAAAUUGUUCAGUCUGAUGGAUCAAAACUCACCCGAAAGAGUAGCUUUUGUGUCCAGAGCACUGAAGUGGUCCAGCGGUGGAUCGGGGAAGCUGGGACAUCCAAAACUACACCAGUUGUUGGCUAUCACGUUAUGGAAAGAGCAGAACUAUUGUGAAUCUCGCUAUCACUUCCUGCACUCUACAGACGGGGAAGGCUGCGCAAAUAUGUUGGUAGAAUAUUCCUCAGCCAAGGGAUAUCGCAGUGAAGUGGACAUGUUUGUGGCUCAAGCUGUGUUACAAUUCCUCUGCUUGAAAAACAAAACUAGCGCCCUGGUGGUUUUUACGACGUACACAGAGAAGCACCCUUCCAUAGAAAGCGGGCCGCCCUUUGUACAGCCCUUGCUUAACUUUAUCUGGUUUCUGCUGCUGGCCGUUGACGGAGGAAAGCUGACCGUAUUUACAGUAUUGUGCGAACAAUAUCAGCCUUCGCUGAAACGGGAUCCUAUGUAUAACGAAUACCUAGACAGGAUAGGACAGCUCUUCUUCGGUGUCCCCCCAAAACAAACGUCAUCCUACGGAGGAUUAUUAGGCAAUCUUUUAAACAGCCUCAUGGUAGCCGGAGAAGAAGAGGAAACGGAAGAAGAGCCGCAGGCAGACAGCAGCCCCAUUGAGCUGGACUGAGACCUCCCCCCCCCAAAUCCCUCGGAACCCGACCACGUGCUCACCCGAAACCUCCGACGACGACGACGACAAAAAGAAAAAAGAAAAAAAAAAGACAUUGGGGACGAAUCCUGCCGUCGUUCCUCCACAGGUUCAAGGGCCCCCCUCUGUUAUGUUUAAAAGAAGAAGGUUCCUGAGAUAUUCAUAAUGUUUUGGUCUAUAUUAUUUAUGUAAAAACCAAUGCGCUGGCUGGGGUAGCCAGCAGAAACUGAUUUUGUGGCGGUCAUUAGUGGACUUUUCUUAACGCCGGCAGCAGAUCGAUAAAAAGGCGCCUUCUCUAUGGUUUUCUGAGCAGUAUUUCCCUCCUCCUCUCCCAGGCCCACGAAAAAAAAAACACACAUUGGUUGCUUUAUACACACACACACACAAUUUUUUUCCCAAGGCUACCAUUUUAUUUCAGCCAAUUCGCCGAUUAAGGACAUGAUUGUUCAAAGGGGAGGGGGGAAAUGGGGCGGAGUCGUUCCUGAGAAUUCAGGAACUGAAGCUGCUCAAGAAGGCGUCCUAUAGACCUGGUGCCAAAAAAACCAACAACAACAAUAAUGAAUUUUCCGACGAGCCAAAGAAAAAUUUGCUACUCAUUGAAAAAAACCCAAGCAAGGACUACACCAAAUUCAUAUCCAUCGUAAGGGGGGGAAAAAACGACGAUACAUUUGAGUAAUUAUAGCAAGGAACAGGCUGAGCAGGAUUUCAGGCAAGUUAACCUGUCUAAAAAAAAUAAUAUUUAACUCCCACAUCAAAGGAGAACGGCACUCUUAAGGAUGUAUGAACUACGGCUAAAAUCCUGUUAUUUUUCCUAGAAAGAUGGUUAGUCUGAACCUCCAGCAAUCUGCAAUCCUGCCCCCAAAACCGCUCCCUUUUGGCUGACGAAGAA